UGUGUGUGCACGACCCACGCGUGCACGUGGGAGCCCGGCGCCCCGGCCCCGCACGGCGAGCUGGCGGGCUCAGGAGCGUGACAUCACAUCGCAGGCCCGCGGUUGGCCGAGCCCGGGCUGAUGUCAGCCGGAGCCGCCAAUCGGGUCCCAAGGCAGCCGGCCGGGGCUGCGGGUUCGGGCCCGGGCUGCCGGCCGCGCUCAGCCGGGGACGGGCGCAGGGGGCGGCGGACGCGCAGCGCACAGGGGGCCGCCCGCAUCCCGCUGACCCGCCCCGACCACGGGCCCGGGACGCCGCCCCCUGGAGCCGGGGCCAGGCGCGGGGCUCGGGCAGGGUCCCCGCGGGCUGCAGGCGGAUGCCAUGGACCGGGAGCGCUGGCCAGGCAGCCCGCCCGCGCAGCUGGUCUAAAAUGGCCCUGCUUGUCUCGCCCCUCCUCCUCCUGGCCCUGCUGGCGCUCAGGACCAACGGCUGCCCCGCCACUUGCCGCUGCUACAGCAUGACCGUGGAGUGCGGCUCCCUCGGCCUCAAGGAGAUCCCGGCCAGCAUCCACCCCUCCACCCAGACCGUCUUCCUGCAGGAUAACAGCAUCACGCAGAUCCACCAGCAGGACCUGGCGGCGCUGCGGGGCCUGCACUACCUCUACAUGCAAAACAACACCAUCUCGGCGCUGGAGCCGGGCGCCUUCCGGAGCCAGCGGCACCUGCUGGAGCUGGCCCUCAACGGCAACCGCAUCCACCUCCUCAACAGCAGCAUCUUCAAGGGCCUGGAGCACCUGCGCGUCCUCUACCUGGCUGGCAACCAGAUCACCAAGCUGCUGGAUUUCACCUUCUGCGACCUGCAGAGGCUGCAGGAGCUGCACCUGCAGGAGAACAGCAUCGAGACGCUGGAGGAGCAGGCGCUGGCGGGGCUCUCCUCCCUCGCCCUACUCGACCUCAGCAAGAACAACCUGCGCACCAUCAGCCGUGCCGCCCUGCGCCCCCUCAUCAGCCUGCAGGUGCUGAGGCUGACAGAAAACCCCUGGCGAUGUGACUGCGCCCUGCACUGGCUCGGCGCCUGGAUCAAGGAGGAAGGGCAGCGUCUCCUCAGCUCGCUGGACAAGAAGAUUGUGUGCUCGGAGCCCCCCCGCUUGGCCUACCAGAGCCUGCUGGACAUCUCUGGGAACAGCCUGAUCUGCAUCCCGCCUGUGGUGCAGGUGGAGCCUCUGGAGGUGACGGCCCGGCUCGGGGACGACCUGCGGGUCUCCUGCCAGGCCUCUGGCUACCCGCAGCCGCUGGUGAGCUGGCGGAAGGUGGCCCAUGUGCGGGCAGGGCCCGCCACGGUGAGCGCCAGGCCGCUGGGUGGGAGGGCGGAGCUGCGCGAGCGCAGCGGCGGGGAGCGCUUCGACUCGGACACGGGCAGUGGAAUGCUCUUCCUCAACAACAUCACGGUGGCCCACGCCGGCAAGUACGCGUGCGAGGCCUCCAACCCGGGCGGCACGGCCCGCGUGCUCUUCCACCUCACGGUCAACCUCUCCCAGCAGCAGCCGCUGCCGCCGCUGCGCGCCUACCCGGCCUCCGUGGACGUCAGCCAGGAGCCCCUCUACGACAUGGAGAGCAUGGACUUCAACGCCCUGAGCAUGGCCACGCAGACGGCCAUCGCCGUAGGGAUCUCGCUGCUGGCCCUCGUCGCCCUGCUCCUCAUCGUCAUGAUCUACCGGAAGCACCGCAAGCGGAAAAAGGCCAAGAAGGAGGAGAACAUCCUCUACGUCAACGACUACUCGGACGGGCCCACCACCUUCGCCCAGCUGGAGGAGUACCGCGAUGAGCGGGGCCACGAGAUGUUCGUCAUCGACCGCACCAAGCCGCUCUUCGCCACCUACAAGGACCCCGAGGGGCUGGCCGGGGCCUUCCCGGGGCUUCCGGAGCCGCUGCAGGACCAGGCCACGCAGACCCUGGAGGGGGAGGAGGAGGGCGAGCGGGAGGCCAGCGAACUGUUUGUCAAUCAGGGACUCGCGUUCCAGCCGCAGAUCGCCUACGAGAUCCACUGCUGAGGCACCGUGGGGAGAUGGGGGCGUUAGGGCAGGGCAGUGGGACAGACCCCCCCGUCCCCACUCCAGUGUGGAUGUGACCCCGACCGUUCUCCUGCGUCCCUGUAGCUGUGAUAGCUCUGCCCCGCUGUGAUUUAGGGCGAGUAGAGAGGGAGCCGGGUCUGUCCUGGUGGAGCUGCCUGGGCAUCACCAGCACCGGGCAUGGUUGGUUCCCAGGGGUGCGGGGGCUAGACAGGCCGUCUGCCCAGCCAGACGGCUGCAUCGCAGGGUGACCCUCAUUUGCUCCCGGACUCCCCUGCACGGCUAGAGACACUGUGAAGCCACCUAGGGCCCCCAGGGCGUCGCCGGCCUGGCCAAGGGAGGGAAACGUCUCCCAGAGCUGAAAGAAUCGCCGGGGGCGGGGGAGGGGGUGUUUUUUAAUGAAAGAAAUAAAAUUGCGUCACUGUCAGGA